GGGAUUACGCGGGUGGUGGAGGGAGGCCCAGGGGGCCUCGUGGACACUGCGCGCUUGAUUUAAUGCUCUAUUGCAGGCUUGAAAUUCUUAGUCUUUGAACCAGUGGAGGGGUGGGGGCGUGGAAGCGGUUGGGACGGAACUGUGGAGUCCCUAGCACCCCGAGCGCCGGCCUCUUCCCAGCGGGCACGCUGCCACCUCUGGUUACGUUCUGCCAGGGACACCUUCUCGCCCCUGCGCUGCGGAGAAGCCUGCCCAUUCUGGGGGAUCCCGGGGCCUCCGACUGUCCCCUGUGAGACCACAGCACUCUUUACGUCGCGGCUCUGAUACCUGAGGGCCAGCCGGGGGCUUGUAGGACUAUUUACCUGCACUUGUGGCUCCCGGUAUGGGAGUAAGAGUCCUCUUCCGAAAUGUCCCAGAAUGGAUUCGUUGAGGAUGUAGUAGGCUACCUCAAGUGUGACAUGGACGAUGCCUCGGAAACCCGUGAGGAGAACCUGGGGGAUGAGGCCUUCGACACGGUCACCUCCUCCAUUGUGUCUGGCGAGAGCAUCCGUUUUUUUGUCAACGUCAACCUGGAGGUGCAGCCCGCCCAGGCUGCCGAGAGUGAGUCGCCGGGCGGCUGCGGGCUCCUACACACCUCCCGCAAGUACCUGAAGUUAAAGAACUUUGAGGAAGAGGUACGUGCACACCGGGACCUCGACGGCUUCCUGGCACGGGCCAGCAUCAUCCUGAACGAGACGGCUACCUCGCUGGAUGAUGUGCUGCGGGCCAUGCUGUCCCGCUUAGCCCAUGACCCCCACAACACCGAGCCCGACUGCAAUUUGCGCCUGUUCAUGGCCAUGCUCUUCACGGAUGCCGGGGCUCCCAUGGAGGGUAAAGCCCACCUGCUGUCAGACACCAUCCAAGGGGUCACUGCCACGGCCACAGGGGUGCAAUACCAGCAGUCCUGGAUCUGCAUCAUCUGUACCUCCAAGGCCCUGCAGAAGCGGCACGUGUGCAUCAGCCGGCUGGUUCGCCCACAGAACUGGGGAGAGAACUCGUGUGAGGUGCGAUUCGUCAUCCUGGUGCUGGCCCCGCCCAAGAUGAAAAGCACCAAGACUGCAGCUGAGGUGGGGCGCACAUUCGCCACCAUGUUCUUGGACAUCACCUUCCGCCAGAAGCUCUUGAACACCCGCACGGAGGAAGAAUUCAAGGAGGCUCUGGUGCAUCAGAGACAGCUGCUCACCAUGGAGAGGCAGCGUUCAUCCAUCGGGACAAAGGGUUACAUGAACUCCAUCAGCAUACACAAAUCCCCACAGCCCCCGAAGCACAAGGACUUUCUCCCUAUGGGGAAGGGCAUCCGGGAGGACAUUGCCCGCAGAUUCCCUGUGUACCCACUGGACUUCACUGACGGCAUUAUCGGCAAAAAUAAGGCUGUGGGCAAAUACAUCACCACCACCCUGUUCCUCUACUUUGCCUGCCUCCUGCCUACCAUCGCUUUUGGGUCCCUCAACGAUGAGAACACCAACGGGGCCAUCGAUGUGCAGAAAACCAUAGCAGGGCAGAGCAUUGGAGGCCUCUUGUACGCACUCUUCUCUGGGCAGCCGCUGGUGGUACUGCUGACCACUGCGCCCCUGGCCCUCUACAUCCAAGUAAUUUCUGGCAUCUGUGACGACUACGAUCUGGACUUCAACACCUUCUACGCGUGGACGGGCCUGUGGAACAGUUUCUUUCUCGCGCUUUAUUCCCUCUUCAACCUCAGCCUGCUCAUGAGUCUCUUUAAGAGGUCAACAGAAGAGAUCAUUGCCCUGUUCAUUUCCAUCACGUUCAUGCUGGAUGCUGUCAAGGGCAUGGUUAAAAUCUUCCAGAAGUACUACAUUGACAACUUUGGGAACCACCAUGAAGACAACACUUCUAUGGUGAGCCUGCUGGGCCUCGGCACCAGCCUCAACACCAGCCUCCACACCGCGCUCAACACCAGCCUCCUGGCGAGCCCCCUGGAGUUGACCUCCGUAAGCGGCCCUGGUACUGAGCACCCAGGCCGGGAGACUGCUGUACUGAGCCUCCUGAUCAUGCUGGGCACGCUGUGGCUGAGCUACACCCUCUACCAGUUCAAGAAGAGCCCCUACCUGCACCCCUACAUGAGGGAGAUCCUGUCAGACUGUGCCUUGCCCAUCUCGGUGCUCACCUUCUCUCUCAUCUGCUCCUACGGCUUCCGGGAAAUUAAAAUGAGCCAGUUCCGCUACAACCCCAGCAAGAGCCUGUUUGAGGUAGCCGAGAUGCACUCCCUGUCCCUGGGCGCCGUCACCAGUGCCAUGGGCCUGGGCUUCCUGCUCUCCUUGCUCUUCUUCAUUGAGCAGAACCUGGUGGCUGCCUUGGCUAAUGCCCCAGAGAACAGGCUGGUGAAGGGCACCGCCUACCACUGGGACCUCCUGCUCAUCGCCAUCAUCAACAGUGGGCUGUCUCUGUUUGGGCUGCCCUGGAUCCAUGCCGCCUACCCCCACUCCCCACUGCACGUGCGGGCAUUGGCCAUGGUGGAGGAGCGUGUGGAGAACGGGCACAUUUACGAGACGAUCGUGAAUGUGAAGGAGACACGGCUGACUACGCUGGGUGCCAGCAUCCUGGUGGGCUUCUCCCUCCUGCUGCUGCCCUUCCCCCUGCAGUGGAUCCCCAAGCCGGUGCUCUACGGCCUCUUCCUCUACAUCGCGCUCACCUCCAUAGACGGCAACCAGCUCUUUGAGCGCGUGGCCCUGCUGCUCAAGGACCAGACCUCGUACCCGCCCACCCACUACAUCCGGAGGGUGCCCCAGCGGAAGAUCCACUACUUCACGGGCCUGCAGGUCAUGCAGCUGCUGCUGCUCUGUGCCUUUGGCAUGAGCAACCUGCCCUACAUGAAGAUGAUCUUCCCCCUCAUCAUGAUCGUCAUGAUCCCCAUCCGCUACAACCUGCUGCCCCGAAUCAUUGAAGCCAAGUACCUGGACGUCAUGGAUGCUGAACACUGAGGCCCUGGCCGUGUCCCAUUCACCUGUCCCUUUGGCUCUUCCCAGGCUGACUGUAGCCAUGUGGGGAGAGGUACGGGUGUCUUUUGGGGUGUUCCUGUGUGCUGCACUCCCACCCAGCUGUCCCAACAGGACUAGGACAUCUGGGCAUCAAGGUGGGGGGUGGGGGGGGGUUCCGUGGCGUGUGCCCAUCCCUGUCCCCAUUAGCCUUUCGCUUGGGUCAGUAACACUGCUCAGGACAACUUCUGCCCAGAGUGGAACUAAAGCCGGAUUUUCUUUUGAUAAAAGAGUCAGAUGUCUGAAAGAGAAACCAUUUCCUUGAUUGUAUAAGGAAUUUGCUGUGUGCACAUUAGAGAAUAAAGCUCCCGUUUCUACGCUUCCA